UGCUGCUGCUGCUGCUGCUGGGGGGAUGGUGCCGAAGAGUAGGGCGCUGCUGCGGGGUGGGGGUGCGCAGGAUGGUGAGGAUCCGGAGAGGCCGUUCUUGCUGUUCAAUGCGCUCCUGGAUCUGGGUGAGGAUCUGUGUGGCCACAAGGGCACGCUGCAUGGCGGGGCGCUGAUGGUGCUGCUGGAUGAGACGAUGGGUGCCGCGGCAAAUAACCAGAGUGAUUAUGCAUUUACGGCGACCAUGCACACCAGCUUCUUGAAGCCUGUCAUGUUGCCGGGGCCGGUGAUAGUCAGGUCAAGAGUUAUUCGGAGGGAAAGGCGCAAGAUCUAUGUUCGGGGUACGGUUGAGGAUGGCGAGGGAACCAUCAUGGCGGAGAGUGAAGCAAUGCUGGUGGACAAGGCACAGGACAAGGCAACUAGGCUGUGACGGUCAAAAAUCAUGAUACGAUUAACUUAACUCAAGACACGAUACGGAGAAUUCGAGGAUUCGAGGUUCGGAGAUGGGUAGCGGUUGGGUGCAAUAACUCCCUUUAACCACGGAAAUUCAUGAUGUAGUUAUAAGUCAGAGCUCAAUGUAUGAGCUUAAAUGCGAAUUUUAAUAUUUAUCACCCUUUGCCUCAUGUCGAGGACUCGAAUCUUAGGUGACGGGAGAGAGGAAGAAAGAACGAGAGAUGAGGUGCAGUCGCU